AUGGCUAAAAAGACACAAACUAAAGGGAAAGUGGUAAAGAAGACCCCAACAAAAGCCAACACAAAACCAAAAGGUUCUAUUGUUAAAGCUUCAAAUGUUGAAGAUGUUGUUCCUACAUUAGCUGAAGAAGCAAAAGCUGCUGCUAAAAACUCUAAAAAUGUUAGUAAAACUGAUGAUUUAGUUGAUGAAUCCAAAAUUGAAAAAGCUUUGAAUGAAUUAAAUAAAUUUGUUUCAAAAUCAAAUGAAGAAUCUGAAUCUAAAGAUGGUAAAACUCAAUUAUUUGAUGAUGAAUUAUCUGAUAAUUUACAAUUAAUCUUCACUAAAAAGGAUUUAUUCUCUACAAAGAAAAACUUUAAACCAAAAUUAAUUAAAGUUGAUAAUAAACCAAAAUCUGAAGAAGAACCAAAAGUUAUCUUAUUCAUUAGAGAUGGUAUAGUUGAUUCUAAAAUUUUAGAUCAAAUUGAAUCAUCUGAAUUAAAUAAUAUUUUAACUAAAAUCAUUGCAGGUUCAGAAUUGAAAACAACUUAUAAACAAUAUGAAAAAAGAAGAGAAUUAUUUUCAAAUAAUGAUAUUUUCUUAGCUGACGAUUCUUUAAUUACUUCAUUACCAAAAUUAUUAGGUAAAACUUUUUAUGAAUCAAAUAAAAUUCCAAUUCCAAUUAAAAUUUCAAAAGAUAAUUUUUCAAUCAAGGCAACUUUUAAUCAUAUUCAAAAAGUUUUAAAUUCAAUUGUAUAUCAUAUUCCAAGAAGUAAUAAUUUAUCAAUAAAUCUUGGUUCUAUUGAAUCAAUUAAUAAAUCAUUGAUUUCUCAAGUUAUUCAACAUUUUAAAGAUGAAGAAUUAAGAUCUAUUUUCAUUAAAACAAAUCAAUCACCUGCAUUACCAUUAUAUGAAGUUUCAGAAGUUUAUACUGAAGAAGAUUUAGAACAAAAUCAAAAAUCAAAUGAUAAAGUUAUUAAAUCAAAUAAUGAAGCUAUUGAAGGAUUACCAGAAAAUAUUAAAUUAAGUGAAUUUGAAAAAGGUUUACUUGAAUUAGCAAAUCCAAAAGAAGUUCCACAAAUCUUUGCAUCAAAAAUUAAAAAAAGUUCAAAACAAUUGAAAAAAGAAAAUAAAAAUAAAAUUAGUAAACCAAUUGUUAAUACUAAAAAAUCAACAAAAACUAAAAAAAGUGUUAAAGCUUAA